CAAUGAUCCACGCCACAGCCGUAUCACGACGCUUGACAAACAGCCAUUAAUCCCCCUUCUCUCCCACGACCAUUUGCACUGGACUCGGCGAAUCAGUCCACAACCAUCGCCAAAUCCGACACCAUGGCAUCGAAAGAAACAGAAAUCAAAAAAAUCGCCAUGAUCGGCUGCGGGUCCAUGGGCGGCGGCAUGGCCCUGCUCUUCGCCGAGAAAGGCAUCGACGUCUCACUUCAAGACCCAUCGACCGAAGCAAUGGACGGCAUUCUCACGUCCGCGAAAAAAGACGGCCUCGAGAAGCGCAUGGCAAAAUACGAAGACUACAAAUCGCUGUGCGAAAGUCUGCCCAAUCCCAAAGUGUUUGUCUGGAGCUUGCCGCAUGGGGGUGUGGGCGAUAGUGUAUUUGACGGGUUGCGGCCUUUUAUCACGAAGGGCGAUGUCAUUAUCGACUGUGGGAAUGAGAAUUGGCAGAAUACUGAGCGGAGGCAGGGGAAGAGUGUGACGACCGGCAUCCGCUACGUGGGCUGCGGUGUUUCUGGUGGAUAUCAAGCGGCUCGUCGCGGUCCUUCUAUGUGCCCUGGUGGCGACGACGACAGUCUCAACGUAGUCCUGCCUUUGCUGCGGAAAGUUGCGGCAAAGGCGCCGGAUGGGUCGCCUUGCGUUGCUCCUGUUGGGACUGGCGGCGCCGGCCAUUACUGCAAGAUGAUUCACAACGGCAUCGAGCAUGGCAUGAUGUCAGCCAUCAGCGAGGCGUGGGCGAUCAUGACGAAGGGUUUAGGGAUGAGUCUGGACGAAGUUGGCGACGAGCUGCAAAGGUGGAAUCAGAACGGCGAAUUGAAGAAUACGUUUCUAGUCAAGAUCGGCGCGGAAAUCUGCCGGAAGGUUGACGAAAAGACUGGACAGCACGUUCUUGACACGGUGGAAGACAAAGUAGUUCAAGACUGGACGGGCGAGGAAGGCACCGGCGUGUGGAGCAACAUCGAAGCCAUCGACAAGCACGUCCCAGCGCCCACGCUGACUACCGCGCACUUCCUCCGCAUCGCCUCCGGAGACCUCCACCAACGCCGCGACAUCCGCAAGACCUUCGAAUCCGAGUUCACCCCCAAGUCCAUCUCUCCCACCGACCGCAGAGCUUUCCUGGAAGACCUAAGAUGCGCCGUCUACAGCGCCUGUCUCGCAUCCUACACUCAAGGCCUCAACAUCAUCGCCAAAGCCGACAAGACCCACCACUUCAACAUCAACUACCCCUCGCUCUUCCAGCUCUGGCGCGCAGGCUGCAUCAUCCAAUCCGACCACAUCAACGACGAACUUCUCGCACCGAUCUACACCUCCAACGCGCCCGCGUACAUCAACCCCAUGCUCCAACCCUCCGUCGCAGCGGAGUUCAAGGAGUGCUUUCCCGCUCUCAAGAACGUCGUCCUCCGAGCGACGGAAAGCGACCACGUCGUCCCCAGUCUGAGCGCCACGCUGGAGUACUUGAAGUAUCAGACGAGUACGAAUUUGCCGACCAGCUUCUACGAGGCGGAGCUGGAUUACUUUGGCAAGCAUAUGUACGAUAAGAAGGGGGAGGAUCCGCAGGGUGAGCCGGUGACUGGACGCUGGCAUUUUGAAUGGAAGGCUGCGUGAGAUUGAAGUCGGGGGAAGGGCGUGCACGCGUCGAAGCAGAUUGCGUCGGGUUGGAGCGGUUGUGCGCGCGGAGGAGGUGGUGUGCGCCGUCCUCGAGUUUUGGGUGGUGGAGUAGGGGUGGGUGAUGACCGUUGUUUGGCAAACAGGUGUGAGAUACAGUAGACACUGCAGAGGGACGUAUAGAGGAUGCUUGCGCGUCCAGCAGCCCAACUGCUGCCUUUGUUGUCUCCAGAGGGCGUCGCCAUUCUUCUCCCAAUCGCUAUGCUCGCUCGUAGCAACCAUAACGCUCCUUGACGACGCGGUGUCUGGUGAGCUACGUGUAAGCGCGCGAGAGAGCAUCAGGGUGCUGGAAG